UCCUCUGCAAAGUACAAGCAGCUUGUCAAGCAGUUGAAACAAAACAUUGCCAAGCAGGAGAAACUUGAGGACGAGAUAGACACGAUUGAGCACGCCAUCUACAACAAGGAGUCCGUCUACCUUGCGUCCACAGCCAGCAUAAUUAAAGGGUUCGACUCGUACAUGAGCGCAUCCAGCGCUCAUGGGCACGGGCACCGCAGAGAACACGGCCGUGACAGAGACCACAACUACAGCAGUCUGAACAACGGCACCGCCGACUCAAGCACGUUGUCCGACGCCGCCUCUGCUGCCGCCCUUUGGUCAGACAUCAUGAAUCUUUCCCAACAGAAGAUCCACACUCUCCAGCAAAACACGGACAAUAUCCGGAAUAUCUGCAUUUUGGCACAUGUCGAUCAUGGGAAGACCACUCUCUCGGAUUCCCUCAUUGCAUCAAACGGUAUCAUUUCGAGGAAAAUGGCCGGCAAGGUCAGAUACCUAGACUCGAGACCAGAUGAACAGUUGAGAGGGAUUACGAUGGAGUCAUCGGCUAUAUCCUUGUUUUUCAAAACCAUCAACCAGAAGAAGGAGAUUUCCGAAUACUUGAUUAACCUAAUCGAUUCGCCAGGCCACAUUGACUUUUCGUCCGAAGUCUCUAGUGUCUCUCGGUUGUGUGACGGUGCAAUUGUGCUAAUUGAUGUUGUUGAAGGAGUUUGUUCCCAGACGAUAACUGUGUUGAGACAAGCCUGGAUUGACAACUUGAAACCAGUUCUGGUGUUGAAUAAAAUUGAUAGACUCAUAUUGGAGCUACAGCUUACCCCUGAAGACGCAUACGACCAUCUGCAAAGAUUAAUAGACCAAACCAAUACAAUAAUGGCUUCGUUCUAUAAUGGUGAAAUCAUCAACAACCACUCUAACUGGAAUGGUGACGAGAAUACCUGGAUUGAACACUCAGAGGAAGGUAUUUAUUUCGAUCCAAACUUGAACAACGUUAUUUUUACAAGCGCAUUUGACGGUUGGGGAUUCAACCUGAACCAAUUUGCCUCCAUUUUAUCUAAAAAAACUGGAAUUGACUUAGGUGAAUUUGACAACAAGCUUUGGGGAAAUUUUACCCUUGAUAUGAAAAAUAAGAAAGUUGUACCAAUCUCAAAAAAGUCGAAAGCAAAGCCUCUCUUUGUUUCAUUCAUCUUAGACUCAAUUUGGAAAAUGUACAACUCAAUCAAUGAUAGAGACACUGAAUCUAUUUUGAAAAUCACAAAGUCGCUUAAUAUCAAAGUUUCACCAAAGGAGCUAAGCUCCAAAGACUCCAAAGGCCUCACCCAAAUUAUAAUGUCCCAAUUUCUCCCCGUUUCAAGUUCCAUACUAUCGUCCAUCAUUGAUAAAUUACCUUCUCCACGCUCCGCUCAAAAUAUAAAGAUUGAUAGCCUACUGAAAUCAAUCCCUAAUUCAGAAUUGAUUGAUGCACAACUUAAAACUGAUUUGGUUGAGUGUAACAGAAGUGGGAGUGUUUGUGGGUAUAUUUCGAAAAUGCUUUCCAUACCAGAGGAGGACUUACCGGAAAAUCAGCCUGUUGCAGUAUCCAAAGAUGAACUUUUUGAAAGGGGCAGAAUUGCACGUUUAAAAGCCGCCAAGGCUGCAGAACUGGCUGCGAAGUUUGAUUCUGGCAUCAAUAAUAAGGAGUCUGUUGUUGAUGACGAUUCCACUGAAGUCUCAGAUAAAGUUGAAGAUGAAUUCGAUCUUGGGUUUGAGUACGAAGAAGAAGAAGAAGGCAAAUUAGAAGAGGAAGAGAACCAAAAUCUAGAAACUUUGCUUGCAUUUUCUAGAAUCUAUUCUGGCACAAUCAAAAUCAAUGAUACGAUUUCAAUUCUUUCUCCUCUUUUUGAUGUUUCGAAACCUUAUGAUAGUGAAGAAAACAGUAAACACGUGCAUGAAAUCACUGUAGACAAAUUAUAUGUUUUGAUGGGCAGAGACUUGACACCACUUGAAUUUGCUCCUGCUGGUACGAUUGUUGGAUUGAUUUCUUCUUCAUUCAGAGAUAUUUAUUUGAAGACUGGUACCAUCAUCGCGACUGAUAUUAUCAGAAAGAAUAAAGGAAUCAACUUUGCUCAAUCUAUAUCCAUUAUUGAUGUUCCUCCUAUUGUUCGUGUCACUUUAGAGCCAAAAGAAUUGAGAAACAUGGAUAAGCUUAUCCAUGGAAUAAAGCAAUUAAAUCUAGCAGAUCCCUGUGUACGUGGGUACAUUAGUGAGGGAGGUGAGGUUGUUCUUGAGACUGCUGGUGAACUACAUCUUGAGCGCUGCGUGAAAGAUUUAGAGGAAAGAUUUGCCAAAGUUGAUAUCAGUGUCGGAAAACCCAUAGUCCCAUUCAGGGAGACGAUUGUUGAAGAUAUCGAAACUGAGCUGACGAUGGAUCGCUAUAAAAUAACGUUUGCCAUCUCAUUUUGGGACAAUUGGAAUAAGGAUUCAAACAACAAAGAGGAUGAAAAUAGCCAGAUAUUGUUGGAAAAUAAGAAGUAUCAUGACAUUUUAGUUAAAGCCAACGGUGUUACAGACACCAGUCUUGAUGGCUUUUUAAAAAGUGGUUUCUCUCUCGCGAUGAAAGAAGGUUCUUUGAUCAAGGAACCUGUAGAGGGUGUGAAAGUUCUUAUCAAAUCGAUCGAAACAAUUGAACCACACUUUAAUGAGGGAUCGAACGAGACUGAGUCAAGUGAAAGUCCAAGCAUUGUCGCAAGCAAAAGUGAUCAAUACUUGUCCAAGAUCCGUGAUGCUAUUCAGUCAAGUAUGCUGAAAGCUGCUCCUCGUAUCAAAUUAGCAAUGUAUGUGGUUGAUAUUCAAACUUCUGCUGAAUUGCUAGGUAAAGUUUACACUGUGAUUCAAAAGCAACGUGGUAGUAUUUUGUCGGAGGAGAUGAAAGAAGGCACUCCAUUUUUUACUGUCAAAGCCAAACUACCUGUUUUAACCUCUUUUGGUUUUAGUGAAGACAUCAGAAAGAAAACCAGUGGAGGAGCUAUACCUCAGCUUGUUUUCGACGGUUUUGAAACCAAUGAGCAAGAUCCAUUUUGGGUUCCUACUACAGUUGAAGAAUUAGAAGAACUCGGUGAAAAGGGUGAUAGGGAAAACUGGAUUAGAAGUGUGAUGAAUGACGUUAGAAGAAGUAAAGGAUUGUUUGUGGAUGAAAAAGUUGUCGAAAAUGCAGAAAAGCAACGUACAUUGAAAAAAGAU